CCGUCGUCUGUUCCCUGCUUGUCAUGCACAAUAAAUGAAUGUUAACAACUCAUCGCCUGCCAGUCAUUUUGGCGCGUCCGCCAAUGUUUUGGGUUGUACAUAAAUUAAUACGAUUGGCGAAGUUAAGCGGAACUGUCGUGUCAGACCCUUGUCCUCGUGACGUAAGGCAUGUCGACACCACAGGGAGACAGGCCACUGUUGUGAGAGGGUCGGAGGCCGUGUACCCCUACUAGUUAACUCCCCCCAUCCCCAUAGUCGUCUGGCCGUGUUCUUGGGACCCAAGAUGCCCCUGUGUAGUGCGGCGUGAGGAGCACCGACAGCGAUCGUUUACAUUGUAAAUCAACACCGGCGCGCUGCGCGUAUUUUGCAGCCUUCUCGAGUUGAUAGGCAUCAGUUCGACUUAUCUCGCCGUGAGGUAUAGACCGUACACCGAGGGCUCGCUCAUAAUCGGCCUACCUCACGAGAACCACAACUCUUGGAAGCCAAGCCGGUGACACGUUCAAGUGCCGCUGGUUAGGGAAUUCUACUCUGGAGAGUGUUGAGUGUGAGGAAACAUGUCCAGCAUGUCCUAUGCACAGUUCGGGUACACAUACCCGUCGUCUUCUCCGUUGCUCAUGUCCAGCCACGCCGCGUCGUGCUGCGAGGCCGGGCGGCCCAUCAUGUCGGACCCGCACACCGGCCAGGCCGUGUGCUCCUGUCAGUACGAGGGCAGGGUGGCCGGGCUGGUGCCGCCACGGGUCGGUGAGAUGUCCCUCAGCAGCGUGUACGGCUCGCCGUACGCCGGACAGGGCUACAUCGCUGCUUUCGGGGCCGACCCUUCCGCAUUCUACUCUCCCUUGGGGAAUCCGUUCGAGGCCAUGAAGGAAGGUGCCGAGGCCUGGAGAGCGAAUCUUCAGCAGCCCACCGCCUACUACCCGUACGACCCGACUCUCGCUGGCGGUGCUCCCUACCCAUACGGCAGCUAUGCCGCUAUGGACGGCGCGCGGAGAAAAAACGCCACCAGAGAGACCACGGCAACACUGAAGGCCUGGCUCAUGGAACACAGGAAGAACCCGUACCCCACCAAGGGCGAGAAGAUCAUGCUCGCAAUCAUCACCAAAAUGACUCUAACUCAGGUGUCCACAUGGUUCGCGAACGCCAGGAGGAGACUCAAGAAGGAGAACAAAAUGACCUGGUCGCCGAGGAAUAGAAGCGGGGACUCAGAGGGCGGCGAGGGGAGCGACAUUGAAGGGGACGAGGACGCCGAGAGAGAGGGUCGCGACGGGGACAGGCACGGCAGCGACAAAGAUGUAGAGGACGUGGAUUUGGACGAUAUUGAUGUCGACGACGACAAAGUAUUUGAAGAUUCCACAAACCCGGGCGAGGAAAGCAAGGACAAUGACUAUGAGCACAAAACUGGUUCCAGUUCGGACAUUUCCCCACCGCACCGCCUCACAAUUCCAUCGGAGUCUACCGAAGACAACACUCGUGAAAUACAGAGACAGCGGGAAACACAAGCGUCCAGCCCGUCCACGAACUCACCACCUCCAGUGGCCACCAAGCCCAAAAUUUGGUCGCUCGCAGACACGGCGACCAGCAGCGGCCCGACGACGCGCCCGGACGCACCCAGAACGGUCGUGACCACCGGACUAUCACAUAGCCUGUUCUCCCGGCAUAGACCGUACGACAGGCCGUAUGACUCUGUAGCCAACUUUCGGCAGUGGGUUAGCGGACUGAAUGGAUUUUCCCAGCCGCUGCGGAUGCAACCGCCUUCCACUGUGACUCUAUCGGGAAUGUACUCUGCCGGAUCUUUGAUUCGGAGCUCGCCGGCGGGAACGUCUCCUCUCUCCAAACCGGAUCACACAGGAGCGCCCAGACCGUCCUCACCAACAGCCGAAAAAGAACCUGUCAGGAUAGGAUCCGCACAGCAAUCUUCCGAACCAGAGCUGGUCAGGACAGCCUUCAGACCGGUACAAAAGAGAUGCAUCCCCGUCCAAUCUCAGCCCCGUGAGCUUGACGCCGCUGUAGCGCUGACCAGCCUAUCGUCCAGAUAGCCGCCCGCCUGCGGGCCCAUCCACCCACCGACCCGCCAACCUUUCCCGCACCAUCCGGUCUCACCAGGCAUGUGCCCCACCUCAAUAGCACACACCAGCUUACAAACUUAUGAGUAUUGUAAAAGCACAGCCUGUGUUUAUUUGAAAUGUUUUCUUGCUGAUUGGCAUUCGCAUAGAAUGUUACAUUCCAUGAAUGUUUAUUUAAAUGUAUUACCGUGGAAGAGAAUUUGUGUGGUUUGUCGCCUGACAGAGCUUCCAGCGACUGGAAAAAUGUAUUUGUUCGUGUAACAUGAUAUAAUAAUAGGAAUCCUCAGUUGAUGCUGCAGUAUAAUCUAAUGAAAUGUGUUCAUUUGACUAAAUGGUGAUCAAUGCACUGAGAUGGAAAGAAGGAGAUUUACCUCUCUUUUGUCCGAAGGAAUAUAGGAACUAUUGCUCCAAAUUCAGGGACGUUUUGUUGAAUACAAUCUGUCAUAUUUUUGUUCGGACGUUAAACCGACACUUUCCAGUGUUAUCAACAAAGCGAUCAUGUAUAGGUAAAUGGUUACAUAGGUCACGCGUUAUUCUAUUGUGUCUUAAAAAUCGGCGAUAUCUUAUAACUGGUGCAAGUAUCAGUAUUUAAUGUACUGGGCAGUGUCUUACAAAUGUUGGCCAUGCCGUGGACGCUUGUAUGAUUUUGUAUGGAGUUCUGUCUGCAGUUAAAACUGUCUAUCAACCGUGACUGCGCGGUUUUUACAAGUGAGCCCCACAUACGUACAUGUUUGGAGAAUCAUCGACCAAAAAGCCAUUUUCUGUCGAUUUAUAAGAUUGUAUUGUGUUCAAAAGUAUUUAUCACUGAGAUUUAAUUUUUUGUGUUUGAGGUGUGUUUGCUUUUUAGCUUUGUUUGUUUCCGUCCUUCACAUCAAUAUAUUCUAUGGUUUGUUAGGGAAAAGACUCACCAGUUGCCAAUGAAUACAUUACGUUGUGUGAAAUGUACAUUACCGUGUGUGCAGACUGUAGAAAGCAAAGCAUUGUGAUUUAUACACUAAAACAGGUGUUUCUAUGUAACGUAUCCUACCAUUUUCUAUUGUACUGCUGCGUUGUAUAUAAAUUCCAACAUAAAUAAAUGUAUACGUUACAUGUAA